CUUAGAAUACAGCCAAUGGGAGCGCUGCGUUUUCAUUUCCGGGAAGCGCUAUAAACUUAAGGCCUAACCACACGAUUCGUGAGUUCCGACGUUCAGUACCAACAUCUUAAGUAAUAAUGGCUGAAAACGAUGUUGACAACGAACUGUUGGACUACGAGGAGGAUGAGGAGCCACAGACGGUCGCAGACAGUGCCGUUCCAGCCAGCAAGAAGGAGGUUAAAGGCUCCUACGUCUCCAUUCACAGCUCCGGCUUCCGUGAUUUCCUGCUGAAACCAGAGCUGCUCCGUGCCAUCGUUGACUGUGGCUUCGAACAUCCUUCUGAGGUCCAACAUGAAUGCAUUCCACAAGCCAUCCUGGGCAUGGACAUCCUGUGCCAGGCAAAGUCUGGUAUGGGAAAAACUGCAGUAUUUGUGCUUGCCACUCUCCAACAGAUUGAGCCAGUAGAUGGGCAGGUCUCUGUGUUAGUUAUGUGCCACACACGUGAACUGGCUUUCCAGAUCAGUAAAGAGUACGAGCGCUUCUCCAAAUACAUGUCCAAUGUUAAGUGCGCUGUCUUCUUCGGUGGCUUAUCCAUAAAGAAGGAUGAGGAAGUUUUGAAGAAGAACUGCCCUCACAUCGUGGUGGGAACACCAGGGAGGAUCCUUGCUCUCAUUCGCAACAAAACCCUCAACCUCAAAAAUGUCAAACACUUUGUUUUGGAUGAGUGUGACAAGAUGCUGGAGCAGCUAGAUAUGAGGCGGGAUGUCCAGGAUAUCUUCAGACUGACUCCUCAUGAGAAGCAGUGCAUGAUGUUCAGCGCCACACUGAGCAAAGAGAUCAGACCAGUCUGUCGCAAGUUCAUGCAAGAUCCAAUGGAGGUGUUCGUUGAUGAUGAGACAAAGCUCACCCUGCAUGGUCUUCAGCAAUACUAUGUCAAACUGAAGGACAGCGAGAAGAACCGCAAACUCUUUGACCUACUUGACGUUCUUGAGUUCAACCAGGUGGUGAUAUUUGUGAAGUCUGUUCCACGCUGUGUGGCUCUGUCUCAGCUGCUGGUUGAACAGAAUUUCCCAGCCAUUGCAAUCCACAGAGGCAUGGCUCAGGAAGAGAGAUUGUCCCGGUAUCAACAGUUUAAAGAUUUUCAGCGGAGGAUUCUGGUGGCGACUAAUCUAUUUGGUCGUGGGAUGGACAUUGAGCGUGUUAACAUUGUUUUCAACUAUGACAUGCCUGAGGAUUCAGACACAUAUCUGCACAGGGUUGCUCGUGCUGGUAGGUUUGGCACAAAAGGAUUGGCUGUUACCUUUGUAUCAGAUGAGACAGAUGCAAAGACCCUUAAUGAUGUGCAGGACCGUUUUGAAGUCAACGUAGCUGAGUUGCCUGAGGAAAUUGACAUCUCUACAUACAUUGAGCAGUCCAGAUGAGCUGGGAAUGUGCUGAAGUGAUGGUGGCUGUUAUCCAGCUCUCCCUACCUGUGUCUCAGUGUGGUUUCUGUGACAGCGGAAGAGAGAACCGCCUAGUUUUAUUUUCAUAUGAUCUUGCCCAAAAACCCCUCUUCUCCAUUUGUGUAACUUUAUUUUAUUCCAGGGGAUUGGUGGGGGAGUCCUUUUUUUAUUUACUUCUGUUAAUUGUGGUUGGUUGUUGGUUUGAGAAUUAAAAACAUUUUAUACUAAA